AUGGAUCUCAAGGAGACGGAGGAGCAGCGUCAGAUGCGACGCAUCGCGUUCGUCGCAGUCGUCGUUUCGACGGCGGCUGUGAUCGCCAGUGUCGUCACAUUGCCGAUGCUCUACAACUAUGUUCAAUCCUUCCAAAGUCAUCUGAUGGUUGAAACUGACUACUGCAAGGCUCGUUCACGAGAUAUGUGGCUUGAAAUGACUGCUCUGCAAGCCGGCAAGGGCAUGCUUCACAGACAGAAGAGAGCCUGGCUGUUCGGACAGUGGAUCCCUGAGGGUGGUUCUGGAGGAGGAGGAGGUGGAGGCUCUGGAAGCACCGCUUCCGGAUACGGUGGAUACGGAGCGGUUGUUAACUCAGAACCAGCUCCCACUUGCUGUACCUGUAAUCAGGGAGCAGCUGGACCACCUGGACCCGAGGGACCACCUGGAAACAACGGAAAGGAUGGUCGCAACGGAAAAGAUGGAAAGAACGGACGUGAUGCUGAAUUGCUUGCAGCUCCACCAAGUGAGCCAUGCAUCAUCUGCCCAACUGGUCCACCAGGACCCAUGGGUGCAAUGGGUGCUAAGGGGCCACCAGGACCAAAGGGCUCUCCUGGAGAGCCACCUAAGGAUGGAGUAGCUGGUGAGGAUGGUAUGGCUGGACAGCCUGGACCAAUCGGAAGACCGGGACGCGAUGGUAUGAAGGGAGCUCCUGGAGCUAACGGUCGAUUGAUCCCUGUUCCUGGACCACAAGGACCACCUGGAAAGCAGGGAGCACCUGGACCUCCUGGACCCAAAGGCAACCCUGGUCCAGACGGACAAUCAUACCAGGGCCCACCAGGUCCUCCUGGAGAUCCAGGAAACUCUGGACCCGAAGGACGACCAGGACCCAAUGGACCUCAAGGACCUCCUGGAACGGAUGGAGACAAGGGAGAUUGCGGCCAUUGCCCUCCUCCACGUACACCUCCCGGCUAUUAG